AUGAGAAUCACAUCAUGGAAUGUCAGGGGAUUAACUACCCCUGACAAAAGAUGCUUGGUCAAAAGGUAUUUGUCCAAGUUAGAGUCUGAAAUGAUCCUACUUCAGGAAACAAAGCUAAGUGGGCAUAAGGUGGCGGAAUUUAUCAGAUAUUACAAUAAGUGGGAAGGACUAUUUCAGGAUGCCAGAGGAACUGCUGGAGGCCUAGGAAUCUUGUGGAACUCAGAGGUUUUCGAGGUCACUCCACUGGAGUCCAGCGAAUUCCGGAUGGCUUGCAACAUUGUGUAUAAACUAGGAGGUUUUGGUUUUCCCCUGUUUAAUGUCUAUGGGCCGAUUAAAAGAGAUGAUAAACUAAGAGUUUGGACAGAGUUACAUGAGCAACUGCUAUCCUUAGAGAGGAAGAAGGCCAUCCUGGCUGGGGACUUCAAUGCAAUUUUAGAUAUUGAUGACAAGGAAGGAGGGUUGAGAAAGAGCACAAGAGUAAUGAAUGAUUUCAGGGAAUUCAUUUCAAAAUGUCAAGUGGUGGACAUUAUUCUGAAAAAUGGUAAGUUCACAUUGACCAAUAGAAGGCUUAACUUCUCAAGAAUCUUGGAAAGAUUGUAUCAUUUUUUUGUAGGGGAAUGGUGGAUUAAUGGUAGCUUCUCCAUUGAUACAAGAAUUAUUCUGCAAGCUGGAUCAAAUCACCUCCCGGUCACUUUGUCUAUUAAUCAUGAGGCCCCUAAAAAUAGAAACUAUUUCAAAUUUCAGAGUAUGUGGUGGAGGGAUCCUAAUUUCAUUGAGCUUCUUAAAACAUGGUCACUGGAAAGUGACAUCUUCUCAAGCUCCCCCAGCUUUUGUUUUAUAAAGAGAAUUCAAAGUAUCAAAAAUAAUAUUAAACACUGGAACAAGUCCUCAUUCAAGAACAUAUUCACUGAGAAACUCCGAAUAGAAGAGGAACUGGAAGAAAUCAACAAACGAGUUAUGCUAGUAAGGAUGGUCAAAGAUGACUAUCUGAAAGAAAAGCUCCUUAAGCAGCAAUAUGUAGAACUAUUAAAUAGAGAAGAAGUCUACUAG